UAUGAGCGAGUGACUUUGUUACGGUUACGAAUGUUGGGUAAUAAAAACGACCUUUCUUGAAUCAAAGGACGUCCUCAAUCCAGAAUGUACCUUAUAGUGUGAACACGCAGUAGCAGUUUUUCCUAAGGUGGCCAGACUUUCACUGUGGAAAAAGAGGCGCGGCACCAUCACAAGAAGCUUCCCUCCCAACUAAAACACAGUUACCCCCUGGACAUAGGCAGCACUGGAGAUCAUGGAAGCCCCUCAAUAGAUUACAAACAGAGGUGGGAUGGAGACUCCUGGCUUUAAAAAGGUAGUAUCAUCUCAAGGGGACUAAUGGCAGGCAGUCUGUGGACCUCAAAUGUGGACACUUGAUGGUGCAGUGACCAGACUUCUAGCAUAUCUGGCUAUUAUUGCGGUCUUUCUCAUCGCCGUUGGAUCUUUUGACACGUUGGUCUACGGACUGAGCUUUGCUGGGUGGAUCUUCUACGGUAGUGCCGUGCUGGCCGUCCCGAUACUCCGGUACCGUCUACAUCAGUGUAUCUGGGUACCCAUGAUCUUCGUGGUUGUUGUAUUCAUCACCGCCUGUUACCUCGUUGUGUCUCCCUUCAUUAAUGGUCCAGGAAUGGAAACUAUCUACGCAUGUCUCUUCAUCUUCUCUGGUCUUAUCUUCUAUUUCCCUUUCGUCCACUUCAAGUACCAUCCAAAAAUAAUGGAUCACAUAACUAUGUUUCUGCAGCUGGCGGGGAAAACUCGUAAAACAAGGGGCUGCACACUCCAAAUAAUACGGAAAGCAUUGCGAAAGUUCCGUUGGUUAUUGCCGUGAUGCGUGUGUGUACGUCGUGUAGCUAGGACGGUGGUUAACAAAAACACAACCACUAGAACUCGCAUUUUUCAAGCAUUUUCAAUAUUUAAAGCUCAGAACAACAUGCAGCAUCUCCAGAUGUCUUCUUUUGCACUUUGACCUCUUGAAUGAUAGUGCAAUUCACAACUCA